AUGGUGGAUCCUGGCGUGAAGGGCGGCUUCGGUUUCUGGUGGUUGACUGGUGAUCGCAGUGAGAAGAGCAGAGUGAGCGAGACGAUUCGAGGACAGACGAGAACAUGCCUUCCUCGACAAAAUGAUCAAAUGGAGCCUAAACCAAUGGCUAGUGAUAUCUCUUGUCGAUAUGAUGUUCUCAAUUGCAGUGUACCAGUUAUACAAAAUGGUAUGAGUAAUGCUUCACUCGUUCAAUAUGGUGCUACUGUUCUGUUUACAUGUGAGCAUACAUACUUUCUGUGGGGGAAUUCCUCAGCUACAUGCAACGGUGAUGGUACAUUGAGCUCAGUGCCGAUAUGUUAUAGGCUGACGGGCGAAAGAGUUUGCGGGACAACAAUGACCAUAACAAGAACCACUGACCGCCGAUUGAGUUACACUUCAGGGCAAGCACUGUGCAGCCGUCACAAUGGCACGAUUCUCUCUGAAACGUCGUUCCGGGAUGGAUGCGCAAAUGGCUUGACAGACGCUAUCAGAGUGGCGUGGAGAGGAUUACCUGACAAGAAUAUCACAGCGUUGACUACAUUUGGUAUCAGAGUAGACCUGUCUCGCCAUUUCCUCGUAGUGUGCGAAUUUCCAUGCCUUCCUCGACAAAGUGAUCAAAUGGAGUCUAAACCAACGGCUAGUGAUAUCUCUUGUCGAUACGAUGAGCUUAUUGGCAACAGAAUUUGCAGAGCAUCUGGUAGCAUAACUAGAAUAUCAAUUCCUGGCCUCAAAUUGAAUUACACUUCUGCUCAAGCACUGUGUAGCAGGCACAAUGGUAGAAUCCUCUCUGAAGCGUCGUUCCACGCUUUGUGCUCGGUUGGUUUAACCAACAUACACGCAAUUGCAUGGAGAGGAUUGCCAAAAGGAAAUGUAGCACGUAACUCCAACGGCCAGGAAAGUGGCCUGGCUCAGUUUUUGCGUGUUGUGUGUGAAAUACCAUGCCUUCCUCGACAAAAUGAUCAAAUGGAGUCUAAACCAAUGGCUAGUGAUAUCUCUUGUCGAUAUGAUGAGCUGAUUGGCAACAGAAUUUGCAGAGCAUCUGGUAGCAUAACUAGAAUAUCAGCUCCUGGCCUCAAAUUGAAUUACACUUCUGCUCAAGCACUGUGUAGCAGGCACAAUGGUACAAUCCUCUCUAAAGCGUCGUUCCAGGCUUUGUGCUCGGUUCGUUUAACAGACUUUAACAACGUUGCAUGGGUAGGAUUGCCAAAAGGAAAUGUUGCACUUAACUCCAACUCGCAAGAAGCGAGCCUAGCGCAGCUUUUCCAUGUUGUGUGUGAAAUACCAUGCCUUCCUCGACAAAAUGAUCAAAUGGAGCCUAAACCAAUGGCUAGUGAUAUCUCUUGUCGAUAUGAUGAGCUGAUUGGCAACAGAAUUUGCAGAGCAUCUGGUAGCAUAACUAGAAUAUCAACUCCUGGCCUCAUAUUGAAUUACACUUCUGCUCAAGCACUGUGUAGCAAGUACAAUGGUACAAUCCUCUCUGAAGCGUCGUUCCACGCUUUGUGCUCGGUUGGUUUAACCAACCUAUACAACGUUGCAUGGGUAGGAUUGCCAAAAGGAAAUGUAGCACUUAACACCAACACGCGAGAAGCGAGCCUAGCACAGCUUUUGCAUGUUGUGUGUGAAAUACCUGUAAACUGUGCUGUACCUUCUGUUGGUAACGGCACUGCUGAUAGCACCAUGAUCCGGUGGGGAAGCAAUGUUUCCUUUUCAUGCAAUGAAGGCUUUUUGCUAGUCGGUGAUGUCACAUCAACUUGCACAGUUCAUGGGAAUCUCACAUCAUUACCGCUCUGUGAAGCUAUAAACUGUGCUGUACCUUCUGUUGGUAACGGCACUGCUGAUAGCACCAUGAUCCGGAGGGGAAGCAAUGUUUCCUUUUCAUGCAAUGAGGGCUUUUUGCUAAAGGGUGAUACCACAUCAACUUGCACAGUUCAUGGGAAUCUCACUUCAUUACCGCUUUGUGAAGCUGUAUCCGGCAACCAAAAAGAAGGAAAAGUCGCGACAGAGGGUCUUAUUGUUGGAGUAACGUUUGGGCUGGUUAUCCUGCUGGGGAUUAUUGCAUUUGCUGUGUAUCCGGAAAAAAGCAAGAAGACGGCAGUCACACUUGUCAGCCGCGUCAAACUCAGGCAAAAGCAAAUCUACAAACCUACACUAACCUACUCUGUUAGUCCGGCAUGUGAGGAUUCCGCAUUGGGACUGGGUCUCCUGCGUCGUUCGGAGGUAAUCCAGGGGUUUGCUGGCUGGUUAGACAUGUCUGUGUUAGUCACCAGUGAGGAGAGGAGGUCUUCAGCACGCGCCGAAUCUGGGUGA